GCUCGUGUUUUCCAUGCGUUCGAUGCACGUUUUAGGUCGGUGAUGACGUCUCUGCGGCUCCCCCCCUCUCCCUCUCUCUCGCUUCCGUGUAAAAUGGCUCCGUGGCUGCUGGCCGGGGAGUUGGUUUUGUACGCGGCGUGUUUUAUCUGCGGGAUCAUCACGGCCGCUUCGGUAACCAUAACGCAGGGGGAGUUCGCCGGGCGGUGCAUGCUGUAUGGGGCUGCCAGCUACAACGCGACCUCCACGGAGUUCUCCGUGUCCUCUUCCAGCAGCGCCUCUCUCUGCUACUUCGUCUCUGCCAUCUCCGUCCUGAUCUCCAUCUACUGCUUCUCUGUGGUGCUGUACUGGAUCUACGCCAGCUGUGUCGAUGAGGUCCAACGGGGCUCCGUGUGGAUGUCAGUCUCUCUCGCCAUCGCUGCCACGUUCCUGUUUUUCCUGCUCGUCUCAGGCUGCAUCCUGAACAUCGGCCUAAGCAGUCUGUGUCAGUCCGUCACUAAGGCUGAUGCUGUAAAGAGCUGUCAGGCAGCUCAGUCCGCGACGUGGAGAGAAUCUCACAAGUCAUCUCCGUUCUACACCAGCCUCCACAAUGCACAGGUCUCUGCCUGGGUGAAUUUCUUUUUCUGGGUCGUGGCUCUGGUUCUGCUGAUCAUCCAGAAGAAGCGAGGGACGCAGUUCACACAGCUGACCGGCACAGGGGACCCUGAGACUGACCCCAUCUUCCACAGACCCCAGUGAGGGAGAGAGGAGUGGGGGUGGGGGCCGGAGCCAACCAGGCUUCCGAGGGAGGGGUGGAGGGGGGUGGGGUGGAGGGGACAGAGUUGCACCCUGAGUGUUCAGGAAAGGUUUACUAAGCUGUUGCUCGGAUGUGGAGUUUGAUCUGCAGUUUAACCGCAGAGGGGUCCUCGUAAUCGCGUAAGAACGCACGCACACAGCUCGUGAAAGGUUACAAGUGUUAGCAAAACGUUUCGAGUUUAUCGCAUUGUACCCACGUGUGAUGCGAGACCUCUAAUAUAUAGGAGUCUAAGAGUGUGUGACAGAUGUUGGAGAUCAAAGUCGAGCCAGUUUAUCAGUACGGACGGACAGACAGACAGACAGACAGACAGACGUGAUCGUUGUGCGAGGGUCCCUCCCAAAUUUUUCAAGCAAACUUUUCACUGGAGCAAAACGCUUUGUAAACGUAACCUUGUGGCUGUUUUUGCCUUGCCUGUGCUUGCCAAUAAACACAGCAAUCUAACACAUGUCACUUCUACCAAAUUAAUGGAGCAGGCCACCUGUUUAUUUAUUUUUUUUUUUUUAAAUACACUUUAUUGAAGACUCCUUUUGCAUAGCAGUUUCCUCCUUUCACAGGUUUUUACUAUCAGCUUGAUUAUCCGCAGUGUGUAUCGGUCACAAGCUCAGGUUUGUGUCACAUUGGGUCUGGUAGUCAAAGCAGGACUGGAUCAAACUGCUAUGCAACAGGAGUCUUAUUCCCAUCCCUGCACUGCAACCCCCCCUGAAUCUGCUUAUCAGUUAGGGCAGUGCCAAGCCUGGACCCUCCCCCGUUUCCAUUCCAACCGAGCUCUCAAUUACUUAACUAGACCCUUAAUUGAAAAGAUAAUUUGCUUAAUUAGACCUUUUUUUUAAUGGUUUUCAGC